UUAUGUUGGCUGCAAUGAUAACAACAUCACUGCUCUAUUUUCUGGUGAAAAACUCUGGAGCUUUGGAAUCUGGUCCUACGUGUUGGGAUCGGCGCCUUCCAGGAUCCGGGAGAAACAGCAGCUGUGUGGGUUUGCAGCCUUUCCUGAUAUUCAGCCAUGGUAAAUCCAUUCACCGGAUGGGCCUCGAUGGAAAGAACCACAGGAGACUGGUGGCUGGUGUGGGAAGCUCCAUCCUGCUCGACUUCCACUUCAGGGAAGAGAGACUUUACUGGGCCGACAGGCGGAGGGGAGUCAUCUACAAAGCUGCUGUGAAAGGAGCACACAGACAGAAACUAUAUUCAUUUGACAAACAUAUCUCAGGCCUUGCAGUGGACUGGAUUUGGAACAAUGUCUAUUGGACGAGUGGAGAGAAGGGAGAAAUUAAGAGAAUGGAGCUAAAUGGGAAAAACGAGAGGACGCUCUUGAGACAUAUAACGCAGCCAAGUUCAAUCAAUAUUGACCCCAUUAACAGGUUGUUGUUUUGGCUCUCUGGUGGGACGACUUCAAGCAUCCAACGCGCUGACGUCACAGGGCAGAUGAAAAUGACUGUAAUUAAGUUAGCAGAUCAAGUGAAAGCGCUGACGGUGGACCGAAAGGACAAGAGGCUGUUCUGGGUUCAGUUCGGCCUGCAGGGGGAAAGUGCCGUUGCCUCCUGUAGCUACAGCGGGAACGGCCUGCACAUCAUGGACCAGCCUCUUCACUCGCAGACACUUGGAAUGUCAGUUUUCCUGGAGCACCUCUACUACACCGAUGCUGCCUCUCGGGGGAUAAAACAAAUAAACAAGUACGCUGGCAGAGAGCCAGUGGAUGUUAACGCUAAACAAAUGUCAAAACCUCCUGUUAACAUAAAGGUGGUACAUCCUCUCAACCAGCCAACGGCGGAUCCUUUGUCUCCAUUUUCAGGCUGCGAUGAACAAAGUGGGAACUGUGUGAGUGUUUGCUCCCGUGUCGCGGAGCAGGGUUUCUGCCAGUGCAGCGAAGGCUUUGCUCUCAGCAAGCAAGGCACGUAUUGUGAAGAUGUGAAUGAAUGCUCCCGCUGGAACCAUGGCUGCUCUCUCGGUUGUGAAAACAUCCCCGGCUCUUAUUUCUGUACCUGCCCCAAAGGAUAUGCCCUCCUACCAGACAAGAGGACAUGUCAAGAAAUCAUACCAUGUGAAGGCAACAUCACACAAUGUGGCAAUGGAUGCCUAAUAUCUGAAAAUGGUCCUGUCUGUGUUUGUCCUGAGGGGUCAGUUCUGCAGGAGGAUGGACGAGCCUGUACCGGUUGCUCGUCGGCAGACGUGGGCGGCUGCAGCCAGCUCUGCACCUCCGUGACCCCCAGCAGGUGGACGUGCGGCUGCAGGCCCGGAUACCGACUCCACCCGGACGGGAAGCGCUGCAGCGCCACUGGGCCUCCGCCGUAUCUGCUCGUUGCCAACCUGGUAGACGUGAGAAGAGUCAACCCUGACGGCUCCGAGGAUCAGAGUUUGGUGAAGGAACCCAGAGGAGCAAUCUUAGCUCUGGACUACGACCCAGUCCAGCACCAAGUUUACUUUGCCAGUACAAAACAGAAGACAAUAGAGCGAGUUGAUAUGAACGGCGGGUCAGCAGUGGUUGUUGUCAGCGACGGUCUGGACUCUCCAGAAGGACUGGCUGUCGACUGGAUCCACCGCAGGAUGUACUGGACAGAUAAAAGCCAGUCAACGGUUGACUGCAGCACUCUGGCUGGACUGAACAAGCAAACACUCGUCAAGGAAGCGGUGGAGAAACCUCGAGGGAUCACAGUUCAUCCUCUGGCACAGAAGUUGUUCUGGACGGACGUGGGAUCCAGGCCUGCGGUGGAGAGCGUCUCUCUGGACGGGAGGAACCGUGUCUUCGUCGCCAGUACCGGCCUGCUGUCGCCCACCGGCCUCACCAUCGACUUCACCGACGAUCGGUUGUUCUGGUGCGAUCAGAGCCGAGGCCUGAUCGAGAGCGCCGCCCUGGACGGCUCAGACCGGCGGCUCGUGUCACAGAACCAAGUCGGUCGUCCUUAUGACCUGGCGGUUUUUGAGGACAGUCUCUGGAUCUCUGACUGGGACGAUCAGCAGCUGAGGGGCGUGCACAAGCGGACGGGGAAGAAGCUGCAGCGUAUCCAUGGCAACAUGGUGCAGCCGGCGUCCAUCGUGGUGGUUCACCCCCUCGCUAAACCAGGGUCAGACGUCUGCCUGCACAUGAACGGAGGCUGCGCUCAGGUGUGUGAAAGCAGACUGGGAUCCGUCCACUGCUCCUGUCGACCUGACUACGUCCGGUCGCCCGAUGGAAGGAGCUGCUCUCCUGCCGAUAGUUCCCACAGAACAGAAGAAUCUGGAGGCGAUGAAGACUCCGCUUUAACAUCUCUCCAAACAUUGAAAGAGACGACGCCUCGGCCAGCAGCUGAUAAGAAGAGGGCUGAUUUCCACUCAGAUGGAGGCACCGAGCCGAAGCUCUUCACAGACAAGAUGAUUUCAGACCAGACUGAGUGUUAUUCCCAUCGCUGUCACGUGAACGCACAGUGUCUCUUGGACGCCGGCCAACCCAGCUGCUUUUGUCUGGAUGGUUUUACAGGUGACGGACAGACAUGUCUGGACGUUGAUGAGUGUAAACAGGGAACGCACGACUGUGACAAACGUGCAGAAUGUCAGAACACGGUGGGGAACUACCUGUGCAAGUGUCACGCCGGAUACCACGGCAACGGGAGCAGAUGUAAAGAAGCGGAGACGACGUCGCCGUGGGCGACGGCCCGCAGCCCCGUGGAAGUCACCACCCGCCGCCACGACGGGAACUCGGUGCAGAGGUGUCCGUCCAGCCACGAGGCCUACUGUCUGUACCAGGGAGUCUGCUUCUACUUCCCCGAGCUGGAGUCGUACGCCUGCAAUUGCGUGUCGGGCUACAUGGGCGAGCGCUGCCAGUUCAGCGACCUGGAGUGGCUGGAGCUCCAGCGGGCGGAGAAGGAGAAGAGGAAGAACGUGGUGAUCGGAGGCUGCAUGGUGGUGCUCAUCUCCCUGCUGUCCAUCACGGCCUGUGUCACCUACUGCUUCAGAACUAGAAGACUUUCCCACAAGCAUCCUUCAGUGGAUAACGUGAGUGACAUCAGCGUGACGGAUGAGAACGUGUCAGAAACCACCUCUACCAGCGAUCCUCGGUUUUACACAGUGGCAGAAAAUGGUGAAGAAGUGAAAGACACGUCACCAACGGGCCAUCCAAGAAGAGCCGUCUGUUGUUCUCCUUCUUCAGAAACAGCCAGCAGCACUUUGUCUGAAGAGUCGGGGACGUCGUCCAAACCCAGCGGAGGGUGUGAGCGCUCCGUGGUGUCAGCCGUUGCCAUGGAGACCACUGGGCCUGCCGUCCAUCAGUCAGAUCCAUCACUAUCAAGCUCAAAUAAUGGAAACAGUAGAUCUUUGGAGGCGGCGUCGCCGUCCCAGACUCCGUCCUAGGUCAGUGGAAAGACCAACACAGCUGCACAGACUCUCUGACACCCGGUAAACAAACAUAUUUUCUUUUGUUUGUGUUUGUUGACAUUUUAAAGAACAUAUAUUUGACACUUGAGAUUUAGAGAAGGGGUCUUCAA